UCUCCACACCAUAAAAGGAGGAGAGUUUCCUGGUUUUUGUCUUCCUCUAGUUGCACAAAUCCCAUCUUUUCUGUUUCAAUUACCUCUCCUUUUUUUCCAUAGUUUUUCUGCAGCAAAUCUUGUGGUAGCUAGAGAGCAACUGCAACAACAAGAUUGAAACAAACACUAGUUUUGAAAUUAAGAGAAAAGGGAAUAUUUUCAAUAGAUUCUUCCCUUUUCUUUCUCUAAUUAACUUCAAUGUCAAACAUCACAAGUGGUGAUAGUAGGAGCUUCUCUUCAGAGAAUAUCAUAGAAGAUGCAGUUAAACAGCAAUCAGAGAUGCUUGGUCAGUUCCAUAGUCCACAUUCUCAUACUUCAACAGCAACAACAAAUAAUAAUAGCAAUGGUUCGAACACAAACUCACAACCACCUGCACCACUUAAGAAGAAAAGGAACCUACCAGGAAAUCCAGAUCCAAGUGCUGAAGUGAUAGCUCUAUCACCAAACACACUCAUGGCUACAAACAGGUUCAUAUGUGAAAUAUGUAACAAAGGGUUUCAGAGAGAUCAAAACCUUCAAUUGCACCGGCGAGGUCACAACUUGCCAUGGAAGCUUAAACAGAGAAGCAGCACAGAAGUUAGAAAGAGGGUUUAUGUUUGCCCAGAAGCCUCAUGUGUCCACCACAACCCAGCAAGAGCACUAGGUGAUCUUACUGGCAUUAAAAAGCACUUCUGCAGAAAGCACGGCGAGAAGAAGUGGAAAUGUGAUAAGUGCUCAAAGAAAUACGCUGUUCAAUCUGACUGGAAAGCCCAUUUCAAAAUCUGUGGUACAAAGGAAUACAAAUGUGACUGUGGAACCAUCUUUUCCAGAAGAGAUAGCUUCAUUACCCACAGAGCUUUUUGUGACGCUUUGGCUGAGGAGAAUAACAAAGCCAAUGAAGGACAAUUAUCAAAGAUGGGUUCAAAUAACUUGCAAUGCCAAACAAUCCCAAACCCACAAAUUGGAGGGAAUUCAGAAUUCAACCAUUCUGAUCACAAGCAUCCAUUAUCACUACCUCACGAGCUCAUGCCAAUGCCUUCAAAACCCUUCAACAACAACAACAACAACAUGGCUGGAACCGUAUUCACAAGAAGCCUUUCAUCAAGUUCAUCUCCCUCUCUUCAACUGAGUUCAAAUCCACUAAACAUCUUUGAGGAAAACGGGAUUCACUUAGCUGCAGGCUCACCACACAUGUCCGCCACAGCAUUGUUGCAAAAAGCUGCACAAAUGAGUGCAACCGUGAGCAAUAGCAGCAACAUGAUGGAGAAAAGUUUUGUCACAAACAUGGCACCGCCAUCAUUUGGUGUGGUGCAACAAACACCAAAUGGACAUUCUUCCUUCAUGAACCAGUACAUGCACAAUGGUCAACAGGAUAUUUCUCAUCAGUAUAAUUUCAAUGCAAAUGGGAUUAUUGGUGGUGGUGGUGGCAGCAUUGGAAUGAAUGGUGUGGAUAUGUUUCAUGCUAUAUUGGAUCAAAGUAAAGCUUUGUCGAAGAUCAUAGAGCAGAACAACCGAAGCAAUAGUGGAGGUCCAACAAAUGGUGGGUCAAGUAGUGCUAUUAAUAACAUUAUUGGUGGAAGUAAAGGAAAUGGGGAUGUAAUGACUCUGGACUUGUUGGGGAUAGGAGGAGGAGGAGGAGGUGGUGGUGGUAAUGGUGCACAUGGAAAUUUCUAUGGCGGUACCCAACAAGAAGAAACUGGUGCACGAGAUGAGGUUUGGAGAAAUUGGUCCACCAAAAAUGCAGGCUUUGAAUCAUUUUCUGCAACAAGCAGCAUUUGAAAAGACCACCCGGGAAAGGGAAGAAAAGAAAUAAUAUUCAAGUUUUUUUUAGUGGGAGGAAUUUUCAGUUGAAUUUGGUCAUUAUGUGUUUUUUUUUAUUUUAUUUAUUUAACCAAUCCCGCCCCCCUUCGGUCAUAUAUAGUAUAGAAAUCAUGGAAGAAACCGAAAGUGUCGUUCUAAAGAGGAAGACACAUUAGUCAUUGAUAUUGGUCCAUUUUUACCGUGACAGUGUAGUCUCCUUUGGUCUCAUAAAUUUGUAUUCAAAUGUUAGAAAAUGGCAAAUCGUUGAAA